UUUUUGUUGGCUUUUUUUGGUAUUCAUUAUUUGAAGAACUAAGAAGCGAAAGCAAUAUGCCGCCAAACGCCGCUCCCCCCACUCCAGCAUUGACUGAAUCCCUAUUGGCCAGUGCCAAUAUCGAUGGCGCUAAUCCCAAAGUUUUACAUGAAGCCACAACUGGUGUCUUGUUCGAACAGGAUGCCGAAACCAUUGACGGUGGCUUAGUUAAGGAUAUUGAAAAAUUGAAAAAGGCCGAAAAACGUAAAUUGAAAUUGGUAUGGCGUAAUAUCAUCGCAUUUGGCUAUCUACAUUUGGCUGCCUUAUAUGGCGCCUAUCUAAUGUUUACAUCAGCCAAAUGGCAGACCAUUAUUUUUGCUUUUGCUUUAUAUGUUGUGUCCGGCCUGGGUAUUACGGCCGGUGCUCAUCGUUUGUGGGCCCAUCGUUCGUACAAAGCCAAGUGGCCACUACGUUUGAUUUUGAUGAUUUUCAAUACAAUUGCAUUCCAAGAUGCUGCAUAUCAUUGGGCCCGUGAUCAUCGUGUACAUCACAAGUAUUCGGAAACCGAUGCCGAUCCACAUAAUGCUACUCGCGGCUUUUUCUUUUCGCACAUUGGCUGGUUGUUGUGCAAGAAACAUCCCGAAGUUAAGGCCAAGGGCAAGGGCGUCGAUCUAUCCGAUUUGAGAGCUGAUCCCAUUAUUAUGUUCCAAAAGAAAUACUACAUGAUCUUGAUGCCUCUUCUCUGCUUCAUUUUGCCAACAAUGGUACCCAUGUACCUCUGGAAUGAAAGCUUUGUCAAUUCCUGGUUUGUUGCCACCAUGUUCCGUUGGUGUUUCAUUCUCAACAUUACCUGGUUGGUGAACAGUGCUGCUCAUAAAUUCGGUGGCAAACCCUAUGAUAAAUACAUCAACCCCGCUGAAAACAAAUCUGUUGCCAUUUUGGCUUUCGGUGAAGGCUGGCAUAACUAUCAUCAUGUCUUCCCCUGGGAUUACAAGACCGCUGAAUUUGGCAACUAUUCCAUGAACAUGACCACUGGCUUCAUUGAUUUCUUUGCCAAAAUUGGCUGGGCCUAUGAUUUGAAAACUGUAUCCGCCGAUAUCAUUAAGAAGCGUGUCAAGCGCACCGGUGAUGGUUCUCAUGCCACCUGGGGCUGGGGUGAUAAGGAUCAACCUAAGGAUGAAAUUGAUAAUGCCAUUAUUAUCAAUAAGAAAGAUGAAUAGAUUGUUAGAUGAAGAAGAAGACGUCCACACAACAACAACUCACACACAGAAAUCAGGGAAAAAACGAAAGGAAAAA